AUGUCGGUCGUAUCAAAGAAAGCAUUAGUACCUGCGAGUCCUCCACAGAGUAAAUUUAAUUAUCCAUUGUUUGGGGACACUAUAAAGAUCGCUAAAUCCGUCUGUCAAUGGUCAAAAGGACUAGCGAAACAGGGAAAAGUUGUAAAGGCAAAAGUACGAGGACUCGAUGGCACAUUCAAGAAACAAAAAAUUUAUCAUUUAUCAGGGAUCGAAGGAAUGCAGGCAUUUUAUAAUGAACAAUAUGUAAUGCGAGGAAAUGUGCCAACGUUUCUAGAUCCUUAUUUGCUUGAUGGUUCAAGUACUCUGGGAAAUAUGAUGAAUGGUGAAGAGCAUAGAAACAAAAAAGAAAUAAUUUUAACUGCAAUACAUGAUCCGGAUCAUUUAAAACAUAUUUUCAGCGUAUUACGCAACGUAACACAUUCUUUUCUUCAAGAUUUACGAACAAAAUCCAAAGUAUAUAAAUACACGACAUUUCACUUUGAACGAUUAUUACGUGACCUUAUAGUCCGUCUAAUAACACAAUUCUUAUGGACUCACGAAGACGACGAUGAUUUUAUUGAGAAAAUGAUAAAAAAUAUUUCAAAUGCUCAGCAACUAAUUGUAAAAGUUCGUUUAUCUGCUUAUAAAAAGGGAAUGACAUUCUCAAAGAAACUACGCGACUUCUCACAUCGACGUCUGGCUGAACAUCGCUCAGAUCCAGAAAAAUAUAACGACACAAUGAAACAUUUGAUGACUGUUGAACCUCCAUUAGCGAACGAUGCAAUUGUUAUGGAAAUUCAACAUCUGGUAUUUUCGUUGCAUCGAAUUGAAUCUGCGAUUUCUGCUGCGUUGAUUUGUUUAUUGAAACAUAAGAAAUCUGACAUCUAUUCGAAUAUCAUGACGGAAUUAGAAAAAAAUCAGUCGUACAUAAAUUUAAUGCGAGAAGAUAUGCGGAUUAAAACACCAAUCACUCUUGCACUUCCUAAUUUGACUAAUGUCAUUAAAGAAUCGCUACGAAUAUUUCCGGUUAAUCCAGUUCAAUUUGGAACUUCUAUACAAGAAUUUAUAAUUCAGGGAUAUCAAAUUCCAAAAGGAAGAAUAAUUGUUGGUGGAUUAUGGGCAACAGGGUUCGAUCGGGAUAUAUAUGAUGAUCCUGAAGGAUUUCACCCAAAUCGAUUUGAACAUGAGAUUUCUGAAGUGGAGACUGGAUUUGAAUGGACUCCAUUUGGAUGUGGUGAAACACAUCGAUGUGCUGGACAAUCAAUCGUCAUAAGCAUUUGUACAUUUGUUGUCGCUCGUCUCCUAUCAGCAUUUGAGCUAGAAUUGGUGGAUCCGGAACAAGGAUUCGUUUAUCGCAAAGUUGUCCCUGUCCCUUCUAAUGAGUUACCACUGCAAGUUAAAAUUCGACCAGUUGAGAAAGUGGGACUUUGA